AUGGAGUUAGUGAGAAAGGUAUCGAGUCAAAAUGAAACAGUAGCUUCUCCACUUGAUAUUGGGAGUAUCAAUUACCGAGGGUACUUAAAAGUACCUGAUCAAAGCCCAGAAUAUUUAUCACCCGCCAACACUACCUUAAUUGACCAAGUGGUCUCGGUACAAACCAUACAGGCGCACAUCAAUUUAUUGAUUAGAUUUACGAAACGAUUGGAACAAAAUGAUUCAACCCUUUUAUUAGGAUAUUUAUUAAGAGCGGAACAAAGAUAUAUUUUAUGGUUAAAUUUAUUAGACGAAUUAAAACCGAAACCCGAAUCAAUUCCGAUCCCACCAUUAGAUGUGUCGGUAUUUUGGAGUGCGCACAUGACGAAUCCGUCAACGUAUCAAGAGGAUUUGAUCCGGAUGUAUGGUGAACAUAUGAUGUCAUAUGAUUUCCCUUUGAUUCGAAUGGACUCUGAGAUUGAUACGGAAUCCGUAACGAUUUGGCAAGAAUAUUCCAAAGAACCUUACCUGUUGGAAUAUAAAGAUGACAGACCUUUCUUAAUUCGAUGUCCAUUUUGUAUGAAAGACAAUUUGAUCGAGCAAGAAAAGUUCAUACAAUUAAAGAUGAAACUAGGGAAUCAUCAAUGUUCACGAUGUGAAAUCAAAUUAGAUUCUGAUAUCUUAUCAUCAAAGAGGAUGUUAAAUGAUAUUGAGAACUAUUUAAAAGAUGAGAGGAAAUGUCUGGCGGGAACAUUAUUAAACGAUUGUACCAAUAAAGUAGAUUACAGACACGCAAAGGAGGAGAAUCGAUUAUUAUUUGAUCAAGAUAUCAUAAGGGAGAUAAUCCGAUUGAGUUCCACCACGUAUACCGGAAAACCGUCCCCACCAUCAUUAUACAUACCAAAUAUUCAAGAUAAUUGUAAUUGGAAGGUGAUACGGGAAGAGAUUAUUCGAGUGCUUUACAAAUUAGAUUCACAAUCGGAAUUAAGUUAUCUAAGGAAGGACAUCCAUGAUAGGGUAAUUUCAUCAUAUGAACAUUUAAUUACUCCAUUUUCAUUGGACUUGAUCGGAACGGUUUUAAGGUAUAAAGAUGUGGUUUGUAAAAUUUUAAUGAACGGGGAAGAUUGCGAUGAAGAGGAUGUCUUGAAUAGGUCAACCAUAAGGUAUCAAAAAUUCCUGUCAUUAAAACGAAAACAUCCAGAUAAGGGUUUAAUACCCACGGUGGACAUAUUAAAUUGUUGGUUCAUUCACAUGUUACACCCGAUUCAAUAUCAAACAUUCACAUUAAGUUUGGUGGGUAAAAUAUUAAAUCAUGAAGGACCAUUAGAUGAAAAGAAAAUGGUGGAGGAAUUUGCCAAAACAUGUUUACUGUGGUAUAAGAAUUAUAAUGAACCAUAUUCUUCCGAUAAUCCUUCCAAAAAAUGGAAAAAACGUAAAUCUCGGAUUGUGCUGUCCGUAGUGUUUCCCGUAUAUGGUCUGUUCGUGGCUCAAAAAUUAUGGAAACUUUCUAAAACUCAUGAUAAAAAAAUGGGAAAUGGCUUGACCAUUUAA